GAGACUGAGAGACAUGGCGUUUGUUUCUUUUGCUAAACAUUCGGAAUAUUGAAAUAAAAAGCUAUUGCAAACUAUUACAAACGUGAAAAUAGAUUUAGAUAGUUUGUGGCUCUGUGGUUCAGCCAUAUGAAUCCAGAAUGAGUGGGGGUUUGGCACCAAGCAAAAGCACUGUCUACGUGUCAAACCUGCCGUUCUCUCUAACCAACAAUGAUCUACACAAGCUGUUUACUAAAUAUGGAAAAGUUGUAAAGGUUACAAUUGUAAAAGAUAAAGACACUAGGAGGAGUAAAGGAGUGGCAUUCAUUCUCUUUCUGGACAGAGAAUCGGCUCAUAAUUGUGCAAGAUCAAUUAACAACAAACAGUUGUUUGGCAGAACAGUGAAAGCCAGCAUUGCCGUCGAUAAUGGGAGGGCAGCGGAGUUCAUCAGACGACGGAAUUACACAGAUAAAUCCAGAUGUUAUGAAUGUGGGGAUACUGGACAUCUAAGUUAUGCGUGCCCAAAUAACAUGCUGGGGGAAAGGGAACCUCCAAAGAAGAAGGAAAAGAAAAAGAAGAAAAAGGCUCAACAACCUGAGCAGAUUGAAGAAGAAGAAAGUGAAGAGGAAGGAGAGGACCCAGCCCUAGACAGUCUAAGUCAAGCCAUAGCUUUUCAGCAAGCGUGUAUGGAGGAAGAGGAAGACAAGCGGAGGAAGCACGUAACUCUGUCUAAAGAAGACGGUGCUCAGCCAUCCACAUCUACAGACUCUAAGAAACCAAGGAUUAAAAAGAGCGCAUACUUUAGUGAUGAGGAGGAGCUCAGUGAUUGAUUAAAGUCUGUAAAAUAUUUGUUUCAUGUUUAAAUCAGUUUUUUCACUGAUAAACUUGUAAAUUCUUAGUUUUUCAUUAAUAAAAAUCAUUCUAAUAUUUUGUCUAAUGAUUACUCUGCUGAAAUGUUUCAGUGUUAAUUGAAUCUUUAUCAUUAACUGACACAUCAUUUAGAAAUAAAAACUAAGACAAUGUACCACUCAGUUUGUUAUGGUGAAAAAAAAUCUAUGUAGCAGUAUAUUUACUGGUGAGUUUGUAUAUUAUGUAAUUAAAACCUCAGACUGUGGAUUUAGUAUGACCAACAGCAAAAUACUGUAGUUAGCUGUUCAUUGUUGGAUGACAUAAUGUGAAAAAUGAAAGACUGUAUUUCUGUAAAUAUGUUGGAUGUGGUUGUGUACAAUAAAUAUUCUAUAUUCUUAAUA